AUUCGAAGGGAACCUGCCUCUUUAAGAAGACGCUCUCCUGUUGCAUAGGGAGGCUGGCCCGGUGUUUUUCCACUAAUGCUCACCCAUUUUAAGAGACAAAGGUCAGAAAGAAAACCUUAUAAAUAAAAUUUACCGCCGUAAUUCUCACUAUUCAACACCCGUCCGCCGUACUACACUGAGAAAACAGAUACAAUUUAAAGGAAAUAAAAGGAAUUCAAGUCAAUACAGCAUGGCACAGAAAGAGAAGCUCCAGUGUCUGAAGGACUUCCAUAAGGACACGCUGAAGCCUUCCCCGGGGAAGAGCCCGGGCACCCGGCCCGAGGACGAGGCAGAGGGGAAACCCGUCCAGAGGGAGAAGUGGAACUCCAAACUUGACUUUAUCCUGUCCGUCGCUGGCGGCUUCGUGGGUUUGGGGAACGUCUGGCGUUUCCCGUACCUCUGCUAUAAGAAUGGCGGAGGUGCAUUUCUCAUCCCGUACACUAUCUUCCUCUUUGGCGGCGGUCUCCCUGUGUUCUUCCUGGAGGUGGCCCUGGGACAAUACACCUCCGAGGGUGGAAUCACCUGCUGGGAAAAACUUUGCCCCAUCUUUACUGGUAUCGGCUACGCUUCUAUUGUGAUCGUGUCCCUCCUGAACAUCUACUACAUAGUGAUCCUGGCCUGGGGUUUGUACUACCUGUUCCAGUGCUUCCAGCCGGAGCUGCCCUGGGCCAAGUGUAAGAACUCCUGGAACACAGACCGCUGUGUGGAGGACACCGUACGUAAGAACAAGACCCUGAUGCUGGCCGCUAACAUCACCAACUUCACCUCGCCCGUCACCGAGUUCUGGGAACGUAAUGUCCUCAGCAUCUCCAGUGGCAUAGAUGAGAUUGGGGAGGUCAAGUGGGACCUGGCCCUCUGUCUGCUGGGGGUCUGGGUCAUCUGCUUCUUCUGCAUCUGGAAGGGAGUCAAAUCCACCGGAAAGGUUGUUUACGUCACCGCUACCUUCCCCUUCGUCAUGCUAAUCAUUCUGUUGAUUCGCGGCGUCACUUUGCCAGGAGCAUCUGAAGGAAUCAAGUUCUACCUGUACCCAGACCUGCAACGUCUCAAAGACCCCGAGGUUUGGAUUGAUGCUGGCACUCAGAUCUUCUUCUCCUAUGCCAUCUGUCUGGGAGCUAUGACGUCACUGGGGAGCUACAACAAGUACAAAUACAACUGCUAUAGGGACUGUUUGCUGCUGGGAGGCCUCAACAGCGGUACCAGUUUUGUGUCUGGCUUCGCAAUAUUUUCCGUCCUGGGCUUCAUGGCACAAGAGCAAGGGGUGGACAUUGCCGAUGUGGCAGAGUCAGGUCCUGGCUUGGCCUUCAUUGCCUAUCCUAAAGCUGUGUCUAUGAUGCCGCUGCCAACCUUCUGGGCUAUCCUCUUCUUCAUCAUGCUUCUGCUACUGGGUCUCGACAGUCAGUUUGUGGAAGUGGAAGGACAGAUCACUUCCUUGGUGGAUCUGUAUCCCUCCUUCCUAAGGAAGGGUUACCGUCGGGAAAUUUUUAUAGCUAUUGUGUGCUCCAUAAGCUAUCUUCUGGGACUUACCAUGGUUACUAGGGGUGGCAUGUAUGUGUUUCAACUCUUCGACUACUAUGCAGCCAGCGGUGUGUGCCUUUUGUGGGUUGCAUUCUUUGAAUGUAUUGCUGUAGCCUGGGUUUAUGGCGUUGAUAAUUUCUAUGAUGCGAUUGAAGAUAUGAUUGGCUACAGACCAAAUCCCUGGAUGAAAUGGAGCUGGUCUGUGAUCACGCCUCUUCUUUGUGUGGGUUGCUUCGUCUUCUCCUUGGUCAAAUAUAAACCUUUGACGUACAACAAGGUUUACGAGUACCCCGACUGGUCCAUCGGUGUGGGCUGGACUCUGGCCCUGGCUUCUAUGAUCUGUAUUCCUAUGGUGGUGGUCAUCAAGAUCAUCCAGUCUGAUGGACCACUCAUAGAGAGGAUCAAGGCCGUGGCGGCUCCGCUAGGAGGUGCUAGCUCCCGUCCUGCCGACCACCGUUCUAAGGGCAAGGCUUGCGAGCUGGCCUACCCGCUGGACCCCAACGGGAACAACGGCCUGAUCAAGCCCACCCACACUAUUGUAGAAACCAUGAUGUGAGCGCUCUCUGUGAGAGGAAAGAUUCUUUUUUUUUUUUCUUUUUUUUUUUAAAUACCUGCUUUCUAUGUUAUUAUACUAUAUUAUCGCUAAACUAGUUGUAGGACCACGUUUAUAUGUAUCUGCACUAGGACGGUUAUUUUUUUCGUUUUGUUUUCUACAGAGGAAGUUACAUUAUUGGGUUUCCUGUCUAUGUUUGAAAUGUUUUUUAUUAAACUAUUGUUAAGAAUAUUACUGUUAUUACGAUUGGAUGAAGUUAAAAGUAAAAAAAAAAAAAAAAAAGAGAUCUCCAAGUCACAUGGAGCAGCAGUAUCUCAUAAGAACAGAAUCAGACGUUCCUACUUCUUUUCCCCUGUAGAAUUAUAAGUGGUCUGUCUAUAUUUUGGCGUGGAUACUUAAAAAAAAAGGCUUUAUAAAACCCGGAAGAAUGAAAUGUGUGUCGUGUUUUGAGCUGUACCAUUUGACUAUGUGAUGUUGAUGUAUCUAGAUCAACCUAGUUGCUCUCAGCUUUAACUCAUGUUUAUAGUACGAUAAUAUCGUGGAGGUGGUGCCUCUUGUAUACAGUGAGAUUAGUCGAGUGUAUUUGUCGUUGAUGUUUGUUGUGAAAAUUACAGCUGAACCUGAACGUACCUCCACUACUAAGCUGAGUUCAGGGUCCAGAACAUCUCGUCUACAGUUGCGGGCCACUAAAACAAAACAAAAAUAAAACCCUGUAUCUGUCUGCUGUACCGGGUUUUGUGACAAACAAUUGCUAGAAGGCACUUGAGCAUCUUGACGCAAUUGUUUUGUCAGUAUAUAUAACACUGCAGUGCAACCUAACUUUUUAGUGCCAGCAACUGUACUUGGCUGUGGAGGUACAGACCUGUCCUCCCUGUACAGUGUACUGUGUACAUACAGUCAUCCCAACUCCAUUUUAGACUAGACUACGUCGUUGUGGACACUACUGCUACGUGCCAUCCAUCUAUCCCAGUGCAUACAGUAGCUACAUCACACGUGUUUAAAGUCUCUGAUUGAUUAUUUUCACUUAAUAAUGCAGUGAGUUUUCCUUUAUUCUUUGUGUUUUAGUCUCUUGUCGUAUUUCUGGCUAUAGAUAGAGGACAUGACAUAGUGGCAAGUCAAUAAGAAGCACAACAGCACACUAUAUAAUGCAUUUACCAUCUCUUAACAUCUGUCUCAACAUCACUAUAUUACGUUUUUUAAACAUCUUUUUAGUCUGUCUGUUCCAUGGAUUUAUAGGAGCCUAAAGGAUCUACCAUAAUGACAUGAUACAUUAAUGUAUACUCCCCAUACAGUAACUAUUGAAGUACAACUUAAUGUACACUCCCCAUACAGUAACUAUUGAAGUACAACUUAAUGUACACUCCCCAUACAGUAACUAUUGAAGUACAACUUAUUGUAUACUCCCCAUACAGUAACUAUUGAAGUACAACUUAAUGUAUACUCCCCAUACAGUAACUAUUGAAGUACAACUUAUUGUAUACUCCCCAUACAGUAACUAUUGAAGUACAACUUAAUGUACACUCCCCAUACAGUAACUAUUGAAGUACAACUUAUUGUACACUCCCCAUACAGUAACUAUUGAAGUACAACUUAAUGUAUACUCCCCAUACAGUAACUAUUGAAGUACAACUUAAUGUAUACUCCCCAUACAGUAACUAUUGCUCAUUAAGGAACCAUCCAAAUGCAAGCAAACAUCUUAUCAAUUAGGUCUUUCCGUUGAAUUGCUGUAGGCUAGGUCAGUGAAAUUCUGAUGUAAUUGAUGAAUAUAGUAAUUGAUUAAUGUACUAACUAAUAAUAUCCACUCCCUGCAGCCUUCUCACACUAAGCUUAGUUUUAAAUAGUAUAUUAUGACAGCUUUUCAAAGAGGCUGAAACAAUUCGAACUAAAGCCUUUUGGAUUCUUCUUAGAAUUGAAUGUUGAAAUGUGAAACCCCGUGUAGUGAAUGGAAACUUUGGUUGAUUCUAUUACAUUGAUUAUUUUUUAUUUUAUUUUGUUGUAUACAAUUAGAAAAACAUUUUUUAUUUUUUACUUUGUUUUUCUAUCACAUUUUUGCCUUUUUUUGUAUUCAAAAUGUAAAAUGUAAAAAAUGACCAUCCCGUCUCCAGUUGCUAAUACUUUCUGAGGAUGAAUCGUCAUUUAACAACUUGCUGUUAAUCAACAAAACUGCAAUUUGUAAUGUGCAAUACUUUGUAGAAAGAUAAGUAUGUUUUUCACUCUGUUUUUUUUAAAGAGGUUGUACUUUUUACUUUGGAAGGAGAAAAGAGAAAAUAACUUUCUAAAACAAUGCGAGAGACAAAAACGACAAUUUCAGGGGCCAAUGAAAACCACAAAACGUUAUGUCAUAAUAUCAACAAAGAAACAACGUUCAUUGCAGUAGUAUCAUUCUCUGUCAUAACACACACACACACAAUUUGAUUCAUCUUCAUCAAAAGAUAUACACAAAUAUUGUCGCAAUGAAAGGAAACCUGACAUUUUAUAACUAUUGACUCAAUGCUUGCUGGUAGUCUGAAUUGACCCGUGAAGUACAGCUGAUAUUCUAAAAUGAUGCGGACACCAAACUUAGGCCUACCUGUGAUUCAAAGGGGUUUUAAUGUGGAAGACAUUUCAGUUGAAUGCAUUCAGUUGUGCAACUGACUAGGUAUCCCCUUUUCCUUUUACCAUAGUGCUGUUAGUUUGUAUAGGAGAUUAUGACCCGCAGAAAUUAAACACCAGUAGUUAGCUAGCUAGAUUCCUGUAACAAAUCACUAGUAGUUAGCUAGCUAGAUUCCUGUAACAAAUCACUAGUAGUUAGCUAGCUAGAUUCCUGUAACAAAUCACUAGUAGUUAGCUAGCUAGAUUCCUGUAACAAAUCACUAGUAGUUAGCUAGCUAGAUUCCUGUAACAAAUCACUAGUAGUUAGCUAGCUAGAUUCCUGUAACAAAUCACUAGUAGUUAGCUAGCUAGAUUCCUGUAACAAAUCACUAGUAGUUAGCUAGCUAGAUUCCUGUAACAAAUCACUAGUAGUUAGCUAGCUAGAUUCCUGUAACAAAUCACUAGUAGUUAGCUAGCUAGAUUCCUGUAACAAAUCACUAGUUGUUAGCUAGCUAGAUUCCUGUAACAAAUCACUAGUAGUUAGCUAGCUAGAUUCCUGUAACAAAUCGCUAGUAGUUAGCUAGCUAGGUACCUUACAGGUGCUGUAUCAAAGAAGCUCACUGAAAACCAAAUGAAAAAGCAUUAUUAUGGUGAAGAUAAUGGCACCCAGUCCAUCGCUGGAGAUUGGAGAAGUCUAUCACAGAUAGAAAACAUAAUGUUAAACUUCUUUAACUCUCCUGCCUCAUAUACAUUACAUUACAUACCUUCAUAAGAAUGUACAAGGGGAAAUGUUUUUAAUCCAUAAAGAAGAAACCUUUUUAAAAUACAAUUUGAAAGAUUUUAUUUUUUAUUUCUAUGGCGCUAAAUAACCUGUAAAGCAAAAAAAAAUGUAUUUAAAACGAGGGUUUUACUGAAUAAAAAAUAUUUGGUAAAAAGCCUUUCCUUUUCUCAUGUACAGUGAGAGUGUCCCAUGGUGAGUCUAUAGGGCACAUAAUAAAGCAGUGAGCUUGCACUUUACUCAUUCAACAUCAUAAUUAUCCAUAUAAAUAAUCAGAAUAAUAGAUUGGAUUUAUAUUGAGCUUUUCCAGAUGCAUUACAAAGGAAAAGGGGGGGACGACUCACCUCAUCCACCACCAAUGUGUAGCAUGGCGGCCAUUUUUGGAAAAUCAAUCCCACCACAUACCCCCUAUCAUGGCGGAGAGGUGAGGAGGAGCUAUUGCUGGGUGUAUGGCCCCAGUGCUCCCUCCCAAACCCCCACACUAGGUGGCUAAAGCCACUAGACCACAGGCUUAUCCAGGGCAGUUUAGCCUCUUGUCCCCUAUCACCCCACAACAAUGCUGCUUCUAAGAGGAAUGACUUAAGAGGCUUGUGUAGUUAGUACUACACAUGAAACAUUGUGUCUUAGUGUCACACGUAGGUUGAGACAUACUCUUGUCAUAAAGAAUGUUGCUACAUCAUAUAGCUCUCCCACAUUUCCUAUAAAGAUGCACCAUUUGGGCAGGCCUAUAACGGAGAUGCUACAUGCUACUAUAACGGAGAUGCUACAUGCUACUAUAACGGAGAUGCUACAUGCUACUAUAACGGAGAUGCUACAUGCUACUAUAACGGAGAUGCUACAUGCUACUAUAACGGAGAUGCUACAUGCUACUAUAACGGAGAUGCUACAGGGAAUGGUCUUACAUUGAAGUCAUUUAGCAGAGGCUCUUAUCCAGAGCAACUGACAGUAGUGAGUGCAUACAUCUUCGUACUGAUCCCCCGUAGGAAUCGAGCCGACAAGCCUUGCGUUGCAAGCACCACACCAAAACAAAGUGUAUCUGUCACGUGCGCCGAAUACAACAGGUAGUUAGCAAGCUAGAUACCUGUAACAAAUCGCAAGUAGUUAGCUAGCUAGACCUUACAGUGAAAUCCUUACUUACAAGCCCUUAACCAACAGUGUAAUUCUUAAGUAAAAAAUAGGUAUUAUGUAAACAAUAGACAAGUAAAUAAAAUAAAAAACAGUACAAUGAAAGUGAAAUUAACAGCAGCGAGGUUAUAUACAGGUGGUGCCGGUACAGAGUCAAUGUGCGAGGGCACCGGUUAGUCGAGCUAAUUGAGGUAAUAUGUACAUGUAGGUAUAGUUAAAGUGACUAUGCAUAGAUGAUAAACAGAGAGUUGCAGCGUAAAAGAGGGGUUGGCGAGUGGGGGGUGGCGGGACUCAAUGCAAAUAAUUCAGGUAGUCAAUGUGCGGGGGCGCCGACUAGUCGGGCUAAUUGAGGUACUAUGUACUUGAAUGUGUUGAGCCACAUGACGAUCUCACCAUACAUAAUGACGACUGAAGACACGGCUAGUUAUUUGCCGAACAAUACACACGAUCGCAGUUACAAAAAUAAAUCUUCAUUUGGAUAAAUGUUACAGAUACAUAUUUACAUAACAUGUUACAAAUGUUACAUAAAUAUGUAUCUGUAGAAAGACAAAAUGUCAUUUCAGAAUGACGGAGAAGAUGAAAUGUAGAAAAAAAUGUACCGUUCUCAUUAAUUCAAUGCACCGAUCGUCCAUUAUUAUAAUUCAUAAACACAGCAGGUUUGCAAGGGACACAUGAAAUUGAACACGACAUUGAGUAGAGUAGAAAAUUGCAGAUAUAGAUAAUGUUUUUUUUUUUUUUUUUUUUAACUGUAUCUGUCUUGGAAUGAGUUUGACCUAUGGAGACAUAGACUGGUCCCAGAUCAGUUGAUGUUGUCUGGUCGACCCCUUGUGGUCCUGAUAGGAGUUAAUAAAACAGCACUAACAGAUCUGGGACCAGGCUAGAGAAUCCCAUGCUUCAUUCAGAUUAGCAAUGCAGCCUCCUACUGUAACUGUGAUCCUGCUGCCUAUGCUGUGGUGAACAUUCGAUGGACUUGGAUGUGUUCGUUAGAGCUUCUAACAGCUUUCUCUCCUAUUUAUUCCCCAAGUACCUUUUUACAGACCAAACUUGAUUGAUGUGACAAUAUAUGACCUCUACUGUACCACUCUUCUUCAUGCCAUUGCUUUGUGCUGUAAUUUACUGUUUUUUACAUUUCUAGUGAUGAUUUAAAAAGAAAAAGCAUAUUUUUAGUAAGUAUCCUUUGCUUUGAUAGGUGACGUUUGUAAUUUGACAACUUUGUGAGGAAAAAGUAAAAAAUAAACAUCUUUAAAAAAAUA